AUGUCAGCGCCGCGAGCCCGCGCCGCGCGCCGCCGCGCCGCCGCGCCGCGCCAUCGUCCGCCCGAGCCCCGAUCCGCGACACCCGCGACACCGGCCCCCGCCUCCCUUCGCCGCACUCCCUCCCCUCUAUUCCGAUCCGACCGCUCGCCGACGGCCACGCGUGCCGUCCGAUCCUCGAGCAUCGCCGACUACGCCGCCGCUUGUGCGGCCGACCGUGGGGCAGCGGAGCCGCCGGUGUGCGGACUGGCGGAGGCGCCGCAGACGCGCAGUCGCAUUACCGCGCCGCCGCCCAUUCACGCGCUGCGCGCCACGCACCCGACGCCCGCCCGCCCUGAGCCGCCUCGUGCAGCCGCAGCCCAAAAGCCUGCACGCUUGUUCCAACUUUCCUUUCGACCUAUCCACGACUUUAAUGGGGUUAAGAAUGAGAUGAGCUUUCGAAUUCCGACGAUUGCAAUUUCAAGUGUUGAAUUUUGUGGUUGUGUCGAGCGGAGAAUGCGGGGACGCGGCGCGGGGAUGCUGCGCCGCUUGCGAUCAAUGAGGGACACUGCCCUUCCUCGCUGCUCCCGGCCCCCUCAUACCCUCACUGCAACCUAG